AUCUAGACAUUAUAAUAAAAUGACGGACGAUGCUGAUAUCAGAAUACAACGCAUAGGUGUAGACUUAGAGGCGCCUUCCGAGAGCUCGGUAAUUGAAUUCCACUGCGAACGAAUCAAGCGCAUCGAGAACCUCGAGCGCUGCACAGCCCUUAAGAAGUUAGCAAUUGUAUCCAACCUAGUGGAAAAGAUUGAGAAACUGGACAGCAAUACUGCCCUGGAGACGCUUGACUUGUACCAGAACAAUAUAAAGAUUAUUGAAAAUAUAGGACAUUUACACGCAUUACGCGUACUCGACGUCUCAUUCAACCAAAUCGAGGUCAUAGAGAACCUUGAGAGCCUAAUUAACCUCCGUGAGCUCUACCUCACCAAUAACAAAAUCGCAACUGUGGAAAACUUGUGUAUGCUUAAGCAACUGGAGUUGCUGGAACUGGGAUCCAAUCGGAUACGCGAAUACGGAGACAUCGGAGCGCUUACCGCGCUUAAAUCACUGUGGUUAGGCCGAAACAAGAUAACUUCCAUGCAAGUUCCACCUCUGCCUAUGCUGAACAAAUUAAGCUUGCAAAAUAACCGUAUCGACACUUGGGAUGAACGGUUAGCAACUGGAUGCCCAAUGCUAUCGGAACUGUACCUUAGCUUCAAUGGACUUAAGGAAGUACCCGCGUGGAUCAACACAAUGAAAAUGCUAAAAAUCCUGGACCUCGGGAACAACCAGAUAUCGAAGAUAAAUAUCACAGAAGACAAUAUUUAUAUAGAGGAGCUCUGGCUUAACGAUAACGCUCUUGAGGAAGAAAUUGAUAUAGAGCCGUUGCGCCGAUUUUCUAGGCUAAAAGUGCUAUAUCUAGAGCGCAACCCGAUCCAAUCGAAGCUUGGACCCAGUUAUCGCAACCGAGUGCUUCAUAUACUUCCACAAAUAACACAACUGGAUGCCCUGGAAGUCAGCGGUCGGGUUUGUGUUGACUGACCUUGCACCCGGUGUUGA